AUGGGCUCCAAACGCCCCCAUUCCGAUGUUGAUGGCGCAUCGUCACGACACAAUGCACCGAACAAGAGAACGAAACACCAUUUCCAGAGCCACAAGCCAGCCACCCAUGGCAACUCGACACAGCUAGGCGUUUCCCUUCACGAGGUGAAGAGACGCGCCCGGAACAUCGAGCGGCGCUUUGCCAAAGGCGACGAUCUCCCAGCAGACGUCAAACAGAAACUCGAGCGGGAGCUCGUGCAGUGCAAGGCGCAGAUAGACGAGAUAACGCACAAGAAGAGACGCCAGGACAUGAUCUCCAAGUAUCACAGGGUCCGUUUUUUUGAAAGGAAAAAGGCGGAAAGACUGCGCAAGAAGCUGAAGAAACAGGCCGAUGAGGCCACCGACCCGGGGGAGAAGGCCAGCAUCGAGGCUGAUCUUCACAUCGCCGACGUUGACUACCACUACACCAGAUACUUCCCAUUCCUGGAACGGUACGAGAGUCUGUACACCGCAUCGGAGGACUCAAAGGGUGACGAGGCAGAAGGCCGGCCCGCUGCGAUCCGGGCCCUUCAUUCUGAGCGGCCGCCCAUGUGGAAAGUCGUCGAAGAGGCAAUGAGGAACGGCCAGGCCGCUUUGGAGGAGCUGCAAGAGCGCCGACCGGAAAAGUCGCAAGAGCGCCAGCCAGAAAAGCCCAAACCAAAGGCAGCAAGGGAGAAGCCGAUCAGGCCCUCGAAACCCAGCCCUGUCGUCAAAUCUGUGCCCACGGCCAAAGCAGAGGAGCCGGAGAAACCAGAAGCUGUACCUAAGGUAGAGGGCAAUCGCCGGAUGAGACGUGCUAAGGGUAUCUUCAAUGAAAAGGGGCCGGCUGGCAGCGGCGAGACUGGGGAAGAUUUCUUUGCGUAA